AUGUCUGCACUUCGAAAGAAAUUUGGGGACGAUUACCAGGUAGUGACCACCUCAUCCAGCGGGUCUGGAUUCAACCAGCAUCCCCCGGAGAAGAAGAGGAAGAGGCAGCGGUUCGUGGAUAAGAACGGGAGAUGUAACGUCCAGCAUGGGAACCUGGGUGGCGAGACCAGCAGAUACCUCUCAGACUUGUUCACCACACUGGUCGACCUGAAAUGGCGAUGGAAUCUGUUCAUCUUCAUCCUCACCUACACGGUGGCGUGGCUCUUCAUGGCCUUCCUGUGGUGGUGCAUCGCCUACAUCCGAGGGGACCUCAACCGGGCGCACAACGACAAGUACACUCCGUGCGUGGCCAACGUGUACAACUUCCCCUCAGCCUUCCUCUUCUUCAUCGAGACCGAGGCCACCAUAGGCUACGGCUACAGAUACAUCACGGACAAGUGCCCGGAGGGGAUCAUCCUCUUUCUGUUCCAGUCGAUCCUCGGGUCGAUCGUCGAUGCCUUUCUGAUCGGCUGCAUGUUCAUCAAGAUGUCUCAGCCCAAGAAACGGGCCGAGACGCUGAUGUUCAGUGAGCAUGCGGUGAUCUCCAUGCGGGACGGGAGACUAACUCUCAUGUUCAGGGUCGGGAACCUGCGGAACAGCCAUAUGGUGUCUGCACAGAUCCGCUGCAAGCUGCUGAAAUCUCGCCAGACGCCCGAAGGCGAGUUUCUUCCGCUGGAUCAGUUGGAGUUGGACGUGGGAUUCAGCACAGGGGCCGACCAGCUCUUUCUCGUCUCCCCGCUCACGAUCUGCCACGUGAUCGACCCCAAAAGCCCCUUCUACGAGCUCUCCCAGAGGUCCAUGCAAACGGAGCAGUUUGAAAUCGUGGUGAUACUAGAAGGGAUCGUGGAGACGACCGGGAUGACCUGCCAAGCGAGGACGUCUUACACCGAGGACGAGGUCCUGUGGGGACACCGCUUCUUCCCAGUCAUCUCCUUGGAGGAAGGCUUCUUCAAGGUGGACUACUCCCAGUUCCACGCCACAUUCGAGGUGCCCACCACUCCGCACAGCGUGAAGGAGCAGGAGGAGGCUUUGCUCCUCUCCUCGCCCCUCAUGGCUCCGUCCCUGUGCAACAGCGGGGAGAAGAACAGCUCCCUGGACUGCCUGGAGACGCUGGAGGACAAUGACAGCACCACCAAGCUGCCCACCAAGCUCCAGAAGAUGUCGGGACGGGAAGGCCUGCCCAAGAAGCUUCUGAGGAUGAGCUCCACCACCUCAGAAAUGACUUACAACUUCGGAGACCUGCCCAUGAAGCUGCAGCGAAUCAGUUCUGUACCCGGGGUCUCUGAUGAUAAGCAUGGCGGUAAGGCCUCCAGGAUGUGCACAGAGCCCAUGAGCAAGUCGGUGGCGGACUUACCUCCCAAGCUGCAGCGAAUGUCUGGGGGAGUGGGGGGCAGGAUGGACGGACACCUACCGCCCAAACUCAGAAAGAUGAAUUCAGAUCGCUUUACAUAA